AUGUCGUCCUCGGCUCCGCCACCAGGAACGACUCCGGCGCCAAUUCCGCCGCCGGGAACGACCAACACCACCGCAUCUCCUCCUACGCCGGUCACCGGCUCUCCCUCGCAACCCACAGCAUCACCACCGCCUCCUCCGCCGACUCCCUCUUCUCCUCCUCCCCCGUCGACAAUCCCCACACCUUCUCCUCCGCCUCCGGCAACACCGUCUCCUCCGCCUCCGGUGAUACCGCCUCCCACUUCCACGCCAAAUGGGAGUCCCCCGAACAGUCCCGGCGGCGGCGGAGUGUCUACGGGGGUGGUGGUGGCGGUCGCCGUCGCCGGAGCCGCGGUACUCGUGGCGUUGACUUUGUUGUUCCUCUGUUUUAGGAAGAGAAAGAGAAGAAGAAGAGAUGACGAAGUUGGUUACUACGCGCCGCCGCCGCCAUCGUCAGGGCCAAAAGAUGGAGCACAUAAUGUUCAACAAUUAUGGCAGCAGCAGCAACACAAUGGCUCACCGAGGCCGUUGCAAUCUCCGUUGGGCCUAACAAGCAGUAGCGGAGGCUCUACCUCGAACUAUUCAGCAUCUCCACUUCCACCGCCUUCCCCUGGACUCGUUUUAGGACUGUCGACGAAUAAUUUCACGUACGAGGAACUUGCAAGAGCCACAAACGGGUUUUCGGAUGCUAACCUCUUAGGACAAGGUGGGUUCGGGUACGUGCACAAAGGGGUUCUACCAAAUGGUAAAGAAGUGGCCGUGAAGCAGCUGAAAGCGGGAAGCGGACAAGGCGAGAGGGAGUUUCAAGCCGAAGUCGAAAUCAUAAGUAGGGUUCAUCAUAGGCAUCUCGUCUCGCUGGUCGGAUACUGUGUCACGGGGACUCAACGAAUUCUCGUAUAUGAGUUUGUCCCCAACAAUACUUUGCAGUUUCAUUUGCACGGGAAUGGACGGCCGACACUGGAAUGGUCUAACAGACUGAAAAUCGCCAUCGGCUCCGCCAAAGGGCUUGCUUAUCUUCACGAAGACUGUCAACCGAAGAUCAUUCACCGUGACAUUAAGGCGGCUAACAUACUUUUGGACUUCAAGUUCGAGGCAAAGGUUGCGGAUUUCGGCUUAGCAAAACUUACUUCCGACGUCGAUACACAUGUCUCGACACGCGUUAUGGGAACUUUCGGAUAUUUGGCUCCAGAAUAUGCUCAAAGCGGGAAACUCACGAAUAAAUCGGAUGUAUUCUCUUUCGGGGUCGUCCUUCUAGAGCUGAUAACUGGCCGCAAACCCGUCGAUACAACCAGCACAUAUAUGGAUGAGAGCCUUGUUGAUUGGGCAAGGCCGCUGCUUACACGAGCCCAAGAAGACCGAAAGUUUGAGGCUUUGACUGAUCCAAGAAUGGAGGAAUAUGAUCGUGAAGAGAUGGCCCGUAUGGUGGCUUGUGCAGCCGCUUGUGUGCGUCAUUCUGCUAGGCGUCGCCCACGCAUGAGCCAGAUAGUGAGGGCGUUAGAAGGAGAGAUGUCGCUGAACAACUUGAGCGAAGGGGUGAAACCGGGACACAGCUCGGCUUAUAGCUCGGAGAGCACGGAUUACGACAACGUGAAGUACAACGAGGACUUGAGUAGGUUCAGGAAGAUGGCCUUUGGCGGCACGAGCAGCGAGUAUAGCGGCCAGAGCAGUGACUUCUAUCCUCCGUAUCCAUCGGGUUCGAGCAGCGAGCAGACCUCGAACCCGGAGAGGGAAAGGACAGCCAGGUGAAGGAAUGAACAAUCUGUAAAUUUAUCUGUUUAUGAUUUGAUUUUUGAGUUUGGAUGCAAUAAGAUGGGCAUGUACGAGUUUCUAACAUUAUUAAACUGUAAAUAAAAUUCUUUAGUUGUGUAUGUGGUAAAGCACAGCUGCAAUGUUGUUGAAUUAAACUUGUUUUUGGAUCAAAUUGAUCCUAAACAAAGGCGAUUAGGCCCA